AUGAAGAAAUUCAUCAGCAAUUCUCUCUUUUCGUCAUCGGCCAUGAUGACUGCUGUGAUGAUGAGCGGCAAGCCUUCCUCUCAUCGUAUGGCUGCGGCAGCUGCUACAUCAUUCCUCUUCUCUCAUCCAUCAUCAUCGUCGGUACAAACAACAAUUUCCAGCACAAUAACAAAUUGUUCAUCGUUUUUAAUUAAUUCCAUUUGUGAGGCCUCUCAACAUCAAGUUCGUUUUGCUUCAAAGAAGAGUGGUGGUUCUACACAAAAGACCAAAGACUCUCAUUCAAAAAGACUGGGUCUCAAAAGAUUGCAAGGACAACGAGUGAAAGCUGGUGAAGUAUUAGUCAGACAACGAGGUAAUAGAUAUUGGCCCGGAUACAAUGUUGCACAAGGCAAGGACUAUACGCUCCAUGCUAUUCGUGAUGGAUGGGUGCACUUUGCCUAUGACGAAGUUUACAAUAGAAAAUAUAUUGUAGUGGCCCCUCGUUUGGCUGAUAUUGAAAAACAAACUCAACUUCAAUUCCACUUUGAAGGUGAGGAACCAUUUGUAAAGGAUCCGAUUGUUCGUCGUAAAUACGGAAGAAAUAUUGCAAAUGCCGAAAUGACUCGAGAAGAGAGAGAAAAGAGGAGAGAACAGCAAGCCAUCACUAAGGAUGUUUUGCCUGUCAAGCGAAUUCCAAAUACUCAGGUCCACAGAAUUCCAAAGAUUAUCAAUUAUCAAGUCAGAUAUGUUGAGGAUACAGCAAACUUUAAAUGUAAGAGCAGCCUCAGGACUCAUCGUACAAUGCCAAUUAGCGAACCACCUAGAGAUAGUUGCCUUUAA